UUUUUGCUUGUUGCGCGUUCGUGAGGCCCACGUUGGGCGAGUACACAUCGUCAGCCUUUCGUCGUUAAGGCCACCAGCCCGAGGAUCGAGUGUCGGGCAUCUCAGGCCAUCGCGUGCGCAGUUUCUGAAAUUCUUCUAAUCCAGUUUGGCCGCCCACAGCGGCCCGCCUGUGCAUCAUGUCCACUUUCUCUCAGCAAUACCAGUUUCAGGAACAACCACAAUUCUUCGAUCCACGUGCGUUUGGAUAUGGCCAAUAUGACGUCCUACGGCCGAAGACACCAACUGACUCCUUGCUCAACCAUACUGGGCUAUCACCCGGUCCACUUUUCACCACGCCGCCAUUGAGUCGCAAUCCCUCGCAGCAACCGGAACUACCUCAAGAUCAGCUGCCCGAGCACAUGUUUUGGGAAGACCAUGGCAGCCUCUCGAAUUCCCCAACGUCUGUGAGGACACCGGACCCCGACUCAUUCGAGGUUGAAAUGCUCGACUCAACCUUACGCAGCUACUACCAAAGUGGAAAUACAAUGUCGACCCAAGCCCCACAGGAUGCCAUCCCGGUGAUGGACACGGGCAUGUUCUUGACUCCUCAAGGUACUAUCAGUGACCAAGCAAUCCAAGCAGCGUUCAAUGCUACUAUGGCUGAAGCUCAACAGUACCAGCAACAGUUCAAUAUGCAAGCCUAUCAAGAGCAGCAACAGCAACAUCAGCUACAACUGCAGCUGCAGCAACAGCAACAGCAACAACACCAACACCAUAUGCUCGCGAUACAACCACCACAUAACUUUUUUGAUCAAAGCUAUACUACCCAACCGCCUCGACGUGGUCCCUGGACUGGUCAAGGGCCUUCAAGGUCAUCAAUGGUACCGCGGUCGGGUCAUGUUGUCUUUGAUCCAUCCACUGAUCAUGUGAACUAUUCCGAGUUCCUACACGAUGUAGACUCCUGGACGAUGAACUCUACGGACCCUUCUUAUCUAGUGUCACCCAGCGAACCUAUGGCGCCCCCGUUGGACAAUAUAUUCUCCAUGGCAACGCAACCUUAUGUGCAAUAUCCGCUCGUUCCUGUUCCUUAUCCUCAGAUGCAAGCUCAGAGUCCAGUCGAGAUGCGCAUCACUGGAGCCUCACCUACUCCGGAUGCUCAGAAUUUUGUGAACUUCAACGCAUCGUCAACUCUGUUUACGGAAAACUACAUCACGGGAUAUCAGCUCCCUCCUUCGUCACCAGGCACAUCAUCAAUUGAUCAAUACCCGCACUCUCCGCUUCAACAAGCUCUGAGCCCGCAAGCUUCAGCACCUAGUCCCAGUAGUUCAGAUGGCAGGGUUUCAUCCUACCAGCACUCGGACCCUGGUGUCAUGAUCACACAAUUCUCGAUACAGCAACCAAACUAUUCAGCGCUCCAGUCAGAAAAUUCGUUACAAGUCAACUUUCCAGCCCAAGGAAGCAUCCCGGAAACGACAUUCGAUGCGUCUCCAGAACCCGAGUCUUCUAGAAAUGGGACAAGGCAGCUGAACAAGUCUGGCGGCAGAACACUUGGAACACAUCUGGAACCUACAGUAGCCAAAGCAGCACAUGACAUGCGGAAGAUAGUAGCGUGUUGGCACUGUGUGCUGCAGAGGGAUAAAUGUGGACCGGGUGAUACAUGCGAACGAUGCUUGAAGCGCUCCCAGCGUCCGAACGCCGAUUGUGGUUUGGGGUGCUCGCGUAUCAAACUCAUUGAUUUAUCAGACUCGUUCCUUCCUAUUCUCGUCACGCAGAUGCAUGAGAACAAACACCUCGAGACGUUUGUUACUCAGCACAUUCAACAAUGGGGCAACGUCGAGAUGACGGUCAUGAUGACCUGUGGUCAGCAUCACAUGCCUAGAUUUCCAGUCAAGGUAUACGAGUUUGUUCCUAGAGGAAACGCAUUGUUGGUACAGAUACAGUACAGGACGGACCCGGUUACACAUGAGAGAAUUGCGAUCGAGAAGCAGAGCCCAGCAUUAGGUAUGGUGUUGAUCAACCACAGCGAUGAGAAGCGGUACGAAAGAUACAUCAACGAGAUUGUUGAACACCACCUUGAUGCAUUUGGUGAGAUUUGUUGGAUGGAGGAUGAUAACGAUUUCCAACAAAGGCUCUUCAAGCUGAUGACAAGGGUCAAGCCGAAGAGCGACGACGAGGCCAACUUAUUCCGCGAUGUGUACCGCCUUAUUGUCGUCACCUUCAUAAUGUCCCACACCCUGACCAUCGCCGAAGAGACCAAAGUCUCAACCCUAUCGCGCAUGCAUUCCUAUGGCGGCGGCAACUCCUACGUCCAAAACUACACCUCACCCCGCAUGACGAACCGACAGCUCAAAUACUUCUUCUCGCGGCUGCAACGCUCAAUCCAAAACAGUCUCCUCAACCGGCUCCAGCAAAUGUUCAAGUCGUCCAAAGGCUGCGACAAGUGGCUCGCCGCCUUCCUCGCCGUCGUAGGAAUGUGCAUGGCGCUCGAAGACCAGCAGAAAACCGUGCACCUCGUCAUGGCAACGCGGUCCGCAACAGAGGGCCUCGACCCCCGCGCCGCGCAGGAACAGGCCGACGUCGCGUGCCGCGAAAUCGAUACCCGCAUCCACUUCAUCCAGCAGAUCUUCCGCUGGAAAUACAACCGCAAGUGUAACCCCCUGGUCAACCCGGACCACGCGUGGGACCAGGAGGUGGGGUUUGGUGAUGCGACAAGCGUUAGUUUUGUGCGCCAGGUUGCGCAGCUGGUUAAGGAGAAUUCGGAUUACCUCCAGCAACGGCGCGUGGUUAGCAUUUCGCCUGCUAACCAGGGCCAGUAUACGGCUCGGCUUGUCGGCGGGUUCUUGCUCUCGUUCUGGAUGCCUUGAUCUAAUACUCACAUAUUCGCUGUUUCGUUGUCGAACUUGCGUAUCAUGUUUUAUGAAUGGGGUGGCAUUACUCAGACGAUGUGUUACACUCUCUUGCGCACAUGUUGGAAUACGUUUGGAUCGCUUUUCUUCGCUUUGCUUACGACGCGACGUACCUUGUUUACAUCUCACGGCCUUUUUCCUUCUUUUCUUUCCAUGGGGUGGUCUUUUGAUUAACGGCCGCUUUUUUCAUGAUCUUGUAUUUUGGUAUACCCUUUUUUUCUGUUUUUCUUUCGGUCGUCUCCAUUGGUUGUAGGGUUGUAGGGUAGGGUAGGGUAGUGUGAAGUGCGUUGGAGCACGUAAUCAUGUCAUGUCAUGUCAUGAUGU